AUGAGUCCACAACAAAGAGCAUUCUCCUAUGGACCAAACACUUUGAGGUGGGGGGAAUUCCAUCUGCCAAGAGCCGAUGAUGGUGCACCUACUAAUGGGGAUGCCAUUGUAAUUGACAAUGAUGUUGAUGUAGACUCGGGAGCCAGAGAAGGAGAGGAAGAAGAAGAAGAGGAGGAGGAGGAGGAGGAGGAGGAGGAGGAGGAGGAAGAAUAUGACAAGGCAGAAGACAUGGGCAUGGAUGCGAAUGCGGACGCAGACACAGACACAGAUGCAGAUGAGGUAGAUGAACUAGAUGCAGUGAUUGCAGACUCGGACAAGGAGUUUCAUGACAAUAUAUUUGGUCAGGAAGGAUAUGGCACACUUUGA